AUGGCGUCUGCAAUUCCGGGAACAAACCCUAGAACCUCGAAAACCCGGUACCGCAUCGGAGACAUCGAUGUAGAGUUCCCCUACCAGCCUUACGGCGCCCAGAUGGCCUUCAUGAGCAGAGUCGUCUCCACUCUCAAUCGAGCUGUCAGCGACGGCCACUGCCACGCCUUGCUCGAGUCUCCCACCGGAACCGGGAAAUCGCUCUCGCUUCUCUGCUCGAUUCUCGCUUGGCAGCAGAGCUAUAAGGCCAAGAACAUGUACACCAAUCUAUCACACUCCAAGCCCAACCCCAAGGCCAUGACCGACCCCAAGGGACACGGCGGAGGCUUUGUUCCGGAAGAGGAGAGGUCAAGUGAGUCUGAUUCUGCAUUUGUGUUCAAUUUGAGGCCGUCUCAGUCUGGCGAAAAUCGGAAGAAAAAGGCAGCUCCUACCAUAUACUAUGCAUCGAGGACACAUUCACAAAUUUCUCAAGUCAUCCGUGAAUAUCGAAAAACUUCCUACAGGGUUACUAUGGCAGUGUUGGCCUCUAGGAAGCAUUACUGCACAAAUGCGCAAGUACAUGGGAGAGAGAAUAUCGAUGAAGAAUGUAAGCUACUUUUGAAGGAUCGAGCCGUUGGAUGCGUAGAGUUUAAAAAUGUACACAAAGUCAAAGGACAUCCAUCUCUUCAGAAAGGAGGCUGCCAUGAGGCCUACGAUAUUGAGGAUCUCGUAAAAGUUGGAAAAGCUGUCAAAGGUUGUUCAUAUUAUGCUGCCCGUUCUAUGUCAGAAGAUGCAGAAUUGGUUUUUUGUCCAUAUAACUACAUCAUUAAUCCAGUCAUUAGGGGAGCCAUGGAAGUAGAUAUCCAGGGGUCUAUUGUAGUUCUGGAUGAAGCCCACAAUAUAGAGGAUGUAGCUCGUGAUGCUGGUAGUGUGGAUAUUGAUGAAGAAGUUUUGAACAAAUUGCAGAUGGAACUGGAGCAGCUUUGCCCGCUGGAUGUUUUGGUUUACCAACCUCUGUAUGAAAUGAUACAGGACCUCUUAAGUUGGAUUGAGCGAAGGAAAGAUAAGUUGGAAAAACGUGAAUUUCAGCACUUUGUCUCUUGUUGGACCGGUGACAAGGCUUUGAGAGAACUCCACGAAGCUAAUAUAUCACAGCAGUGCUUCCCAAUCUUACUUGAAUGUGCCACAAAGGCAAUCAAAGCUGCUACAGAUAAAGAAUCAGAGGUACCCCAUUUAAGUGGCAUGGCUGUUGUGAUAUUGGAAGGAUUGUUCUCUUCGCUUACUUACUUCUUCUCAAGAAAUGGGUCUCAUAUGGUCGAUUAUCAGCUUGCUUUACAGAGAUAUGUUAAAAGAGAUGUUGGACAUUUUGGUGAUUGGACACAUACAUUCAGUUUGUGGUGCUUGAAUCCUGCUGUUGUGUUUCAAGAUAUCGCGAAUCUUUCAUUGUCAGUCAUUUUAACAUCAGGGACUUUGUCACCAAUGAAUUCCUUUUCAUCUGAGCUUGGCCUUAAGUUUGGAAGUACUUUGGAAGCUCCCCAUGUAAUUGAUGUUGAAUCACAGGUUUGGCCUGCUAUUAUUUCUACUGGCCCACAUAAUGUGCCAUUGAACUCAAGUUACAAGACAGCAGAUGAAUAUGCCUUUCAGGAUGCACUUGGAAAAUCCUUAGAGGAAAUUUUCAAAAGUGUGCCGGGUGGGUGUCUUGUGUUCUUCCCAAGUUACAAGCUAAUGGGGAAGUUGGGCAAGCGUUGGCGUGAAACAGGACAAUGGUCUCUGCUGAACGAAAGAAAGUCCCUUUUUGUUGAGCCCGGUGGAGGAGACCAGGAGGAAUUUGAGUUUGUACUGAAGGGUUAUUAUGAUUCAAUUCGUCGGGGCAAUAAGCCUACUUUUGGGAGAAAUAAAGGUGCUAAUAAGAAAUUAACACAAAGUAGCUUCACUGCAGUCAAGUGUGCACAAAAGAAUAACACUGAUGGAGCUGCUUUACUGGCUGUGUGCCGAGGAAAGGUUUCAGAAGGAAUCGACUUCACGGAUGACAACGCUCGAGCUGUGAUAAUUGUGGGAAUUCCAUUUCCCAACAUGAAUGAUAUCAAGGUUUCCUUAAAGAAGAAAUACAAUGAUACAUAUAGGUCAUCCAAGGGCUUUCUGAGUGGAAAUGAAUGGUACUGUCACCAAGCCUUCCGAGCUUUAAAUCAAGCUGCAGGACGUUGUAUUCGACAUAGAUUCGAUUAUGGAGCUGUCAUUUUGUUAGAUGAACGUUAUAAGGUAGGAAGAAAUACAGCAUAUGUGUCAAAGUGGCUAAAGAAAUCUAUCAGACAAUAUGAAAGAUUUGACAUGUCAAUGGAGGAAUUAAGAUCCUUUUUCAGCAAUGUAAAGGAAAGGGUAAGCAAGAAAAUGGUCAGUGUGUCACAGUGUUCUGACACUAGAAAGAAAAUCAUUCUUUCUAUGGAUCACGAUAAAGGGUUUACAAGACUGAAAGAUCAGAAUUUGGAUAAAUCUGAUCAUCAAGGACAGUCAAAAACUUAUGAAGGCAAGCACAAUUCGAUACUGACAUCUCAAGGUGAUCUUGAUGUUCUGAGAUUGUCACGAAUGGAUGUUUAUGCUGACCAUAGCAAGGACUUUAUCAGUAUUGAAUCUACUCCUCAGAAAUAUACAAGGUACGCUAAUCCAUCUUUGUCCAUCGCAUUGUCUGAUGCCGAUCCAGACAUCUCAAUUGUCAAGGAAACCCCUUGUACGGAUGGCAUCUUUUCCACAUGCAGUCCAGGAUCAAUUAUUAAGGAUGAGAAGUCCUGUUCGACUUCAACUACAGUUGAGUCCUCUCCUUUCUUUUCAGACCAGUUCUCAUUUCAAUCGACAUCGUUAAACAAUUGUAGCAAUGCUUCUCUAAAGGCCCAGUGUUCUGUAGCCACCACUCCUGAAAAGAAUGCAACUUUGAACUCUUACAGCUCAAUGAUGGAAACAGAAUCAUCUUUGGAUAUGAGUGUUAAUUCUCAUACCCAGAAAAGGAGAAAGUCCAUGCAUUCAUCCUUGGUCAACUCCAGUCAGGGACAGUCUGAUGGUGCUUCUGAUUCUAAAACUCCUGAUUGUCCUGGUUCCAUAAAAGACACAUUGACAAAUAGAGAUGCCAUUCGCAAAAUUGAAUUCAGUGAGACUAAUUAUUCAGACCACUACUGUAAGUCCAAAGUUCAUCAUCCGCUCCCAAGUAGUUGUGGCGCUUUAUCUAUGUCAGCUGGUACUGUCAUGGACAAAAGACUAGAAAUUUGUUGCUCACUCUGCAAAAGCCCAUUGGGCUUACCUGAGAAUAAUCUACAUGUUACAUGCUCAAUAACUUCGUCAUCAAAACUUCACUUAGAAUCUCUUCAUAACGAAAUAUUGAAGUCUCAAACUGGGAAGAUAUCAGCAGGCAUACGCGUACUGAUAACUGACAUUUCAUCAGUUGAUUAUCGAGUCUGCCAUGAAAUUUCUGAAGGUGCUCCUGGACAGGGUGUAUGGUGUGAUGAAGAUGGGGGUGUUCUCGGUACCAUCUUGUGCCCCUUCUGUCGGUACCACAAGACUAGCCACAAUAAUUUCCUUGGUGUACAGGUCAUGGCAACUAAUGCAUCAAAUGUUCAUUUACUCAACAAGAUAAUGUUUUAUUUAGAUAAGUUGGAAAUUCCAAAUUUUGAAGCAACAAGUGACAAGGCUUCAAAAGACAAAGAUUUCUUGCCUGUUAAUAGUUCCAAUGUCAACAAAGUUGCCAUUCUCAAUCCCUUUGAAAAAUUCUCGUACUCUCCAGUACAGCAGGACCGAGGAUGGAGGACUACAAAAUCAAAGCUGAAAUUAAUCAAGUGCCGCUACUUCUAUAUCAGAGGUAUAGUGAAAGGAUGUGUAUAUACAAUUGUAGCACAUAUAAGCUUACCGAGAUGACUACUCUGUGGUUUUAUGUCAGAUUAUCAACAAAUAUUCUCAUGGCGGAUGUAAUUAUUCCUCUAUGUAAUGCUGCUUCUGAAACUGCCAAAGAAGCUAAAUCAGAAGG